UGGCCAUUGCCUGGGGAGAGUGUAGUACUCAGCCGCGUCCGCCAGGGGAAACCUUUCCGACUCCUUUCGGUAUAGGACGGUACUCAACCGCGCGAGUCCCGCCGGAGUGCAGGGCGUUUGUUGAGGUCGCGGCGGCAGCGGCGGAGUCUCACUGCAGGAAUCCCUGGCUCUUCUUUUUGUCGCUAUCCUCCCGACGAUCGAGGUAUUCGGUGCGGUUAAAGAGAUCAACUUGCCCGUUGCAAUAAAUUCCCCUGUUUUUUGUUUGACUGGAGUUUUUGGUUUGCUUGGGGUUUUUGUUUUUUUUCCCCCUUCCCUGGAAUUCCCUCUUUGGAGUUGAUUUUCUUAGGAUUGCAAACUACCACCCUGGUUUCCGUCCAACAUCCUUGCACUGUGGAAGGAAGGACCAAUCCCUCCGGGUUGAACGAAGGAAUAUGACAUUAUCUAAGAAAACGUCAAAUCAGGACACCUAGCAAUCUAAGGAUUUCUCUUGGAGAAAUCCCCUCCCUCUGGAAAUAUAUAUAGUUAUAUAUCUAUAUAUAAGAAUACCAUUAUUCUAGUGCCUCAGUGUUGUUGGAGUUUGGAAGUUAGAAGACAUGUCCAUUGCACUCAAGCAAGUUUUUAAUAAGGACAAGACGUUCCGCCCCAAACGGAAAUUUGAACCUGGGACCCAGAGGUUUGAGCUUCACAACCGAGCACAAGCCUCACUCAACUCUGGAGUGGACCUGAAGGCAGCUGUGCAGCUGCCCACUGGAGAAGAUCUAAGCGAUUGGGUUGCUGUUCACGUAGUUGACUUUUUCAACAGGAUCAACCUGAUUUAUGGAACUAUCUGUGAGUUCUGCACAGAGAGAACCUGCCCGGUGAUGUCAGGUGGGCCUAAGUAUGAAUACCGGUGGCAGGAUGACCUAAAGUACAAGAAACCUACAGCAUUACCAGCGCCCCAGUAUAUGAAUCUUUUGAUGGACUGGAUUGAGGUGCAGAUCAACAACGAGGACAUAUUUCCAACUAGUGUAGGUGUACCAUUCCCCAAAAACUUCCUCCAGAUCUGCAAAAAGAUCCUGUGCAGGCUAUUUAGGGUGUUUGUCCACGUUUACAUUCAUCACUUUGACCGCAUCAUUAUCAUGGGGGCUGAGGCCCACGUCAAUACCUGUUACAAGCACUUUUAUUAUUUUGUCACAGAGCUCAACCUCAUAGAUCGUAAAGAACUAGAACCUUUGAAAGAGAUGACAACCCGGAUGUGUCACUGAAGAACAGUGGAGGAGGGGAAAAGAAAAGAAGCAGCAAUAUCCGGCUAACUGAAGAAGAGCUAGAAGAUAUAUUAGUCCUGUGUAGGCCAGGGCUUGCCUUCUUAUUCUUAAACAGCAGGAAAGUUUGAAAUAGAAGACUAUUGCUUUCACCUGGCACCAAUAAGUACAUUAACCUAAACACGCUGCUAGGUAUUCCUCUGGAACAUUGUGGAUAACCUGUAAAGGAAGAAAGACAGAAAAAAAGCUUCUUUUUUGCGUAGACCCUGAAUGAUUGAGGAAUUCCAAAUCAAUUCCAACUGUCUGUUUUUAUAACUUUACUACAGUUGUGCUUUUAACCCUCAUUUUGAUUACUGACCUUAAGUCACUAAACUGUGAUUGCAUUAUUGCGCAGGCAGUCUCUAUGAAAAGUCUUAGCGAUAGUGUAUUCCUUUUCAUUUCUUUAAAUAGGGAUAGAAAACAAGUUACUUGGCACUUAAAAAUGUUGAAUGUGUAUUUGAUCAAGGCCUGAAACAUCUCUUUUAGAAUAGGCAGGAAAAAAGCUAAUGACCUAAUUGAAUGGACAAAAUGUUUUUCCAUUUAUAACUGGUAUGGCUGCUUCCCCAGAUAGUGGCUUUUGAAAUCCCUCCAAUUGUCCAUAUGCAUCUCAUUGGUUUUCUUUACACUGUCUACACAGACUGCCGUAAGAGGUCAUCAGUUGGCAUCUUAGCAGCAAGAACAACACUGCUGAAGUCCUUGGGAUCACUAAUAAAAAACGAUCCCUUUGUCAGUGAGUUCUAUCAAAACUGGCUGCUGAUGUAAAGUACACAUCUGUUUUCCAGGCACACAUAAUAUAAAAAGUCAUGUUCUAUUUCUGCAUAGAAUAUAGGGAUUGAUGACUGGGGCAAAAAUCCAUUGAUGUGUAGGCCAAACAACAUGUAUCCUUAUUUGGAAAAAGAAGUGAUUUGCAUCUCUGCCCAAAUAUAUUUGUGUGCACAGAAAGAAGGGGGAAGACUGCUCAGGGAGAAACUGGAAGAGAAAAACCUCCAUGUGGUGGGAUAGGGCAGAUAGUACAAGCAAUAAAAAGUCCCAUCUGUUGACCCAAAAAGCAUCUACUUAGAUUCAUUUCCUAGACUUAUUGAAACUAGAGUAACUGCAGGACUCUUCAGAGUGCUAAGUCCAAUGUGCAAAUACGGAGUAAGUAUAAAUUAAAGUAAAACCACUAUAUUCUGCUGAUAAUGUAUUUCAUAUUGUGACCAUAUCUAUGCAGCUUUUUAGGCUGUCUUUUAUGUUUUUCAUCAUUUCCUGGUAAAUACACUGAACUACCAUUGUGCCUCAAUUAAUAUGUCUUUUACUCAAUUGAUUUUCUUUUUGACAAUUAUUAUACUUAUCCAGAAAUUGAUGAACUUGUGUGAUUAUGCUACUGGUUAUAAAUGGUGUAAAUCCAGAGCUGGUGUGAAGAACAUGUGCAGUUAAGAUGUUUUUUAAAACAUUGGAACUGUAGAACACUUUCUUGGAGAUUAUUCAUAAUCAGUGCACUUGUAGUCUCUAGUCUUAUGAAUUGUACAUACAGAUAAUUGGAAUACACACACAUACAAACACAGUAAGUGCUACUCAUUGCUUCCUAGUCAUUUCUAGGUUUUUUUCCUUAAUUUGAAAAACAAACACAUUGUUAAGCAAAAACGAUUAGGGGUAAGUAGCAAAUUGUCUAAUGGGAAAUUCCAAUGAAAUUAAUAUUGGUGACUUCAGUGAACUGCUAAAGAAGUAUCCAUAACUAAAUCAUUAAUGAGCUUUUUCUGAUGAAGUUUUAACACACAAUUAAGGUAAGAAUACAAGGGGAACAAUAGUGUGUAUUUGUGUGGUCCAUUUCUUCAAAUUUAAUGAUACAAUUUUAGAAUUAGCUCUAGAAUCUAGAGUUUAUAUGUCUUCUUUCAGGCCUUGACAUUUUUGCUGACCCUAUGCUACCUGUUCUUCCUGAGCUGUUCCAAAAUCACUAAUACAAACAUAAUGCAACAUAAGAUUUAAAAAAUGUAGGUACAUUAUUUGAGUGUAUAAGUCACACAGAAUGAUAUAAUUGAAUGAUAAUGGUGAUGAUAUGUAAGAAUUUGUAAGAAUUUAUUUUUGAUAUUGCUAUGUUCUUAUUCCUACAAGAAGUUAGCACCAACUUUAACAUAAGGUAAUUUAUAUCAAAUUACAAAUUCUAGCAUUUGGGACUGGUUUGUUAUAGUUAUAUUUCUUAAAUUAAUUUAAGAUACAAACUAAACUGCCUAAAAGUCAAGGAAAUUUUAUCUCGAGUGCCACUUGCUUGCUCAGCUGCAAAGAAUAAAUGAACUGCCUUAGAUGCUAGUUUAAAUGGGUUCUUUUUUUGCUUGUUUGUCAUGUAACUUUUUGUGUCUUCCUUUAUAUCCAUUUUUUAUUUCAAAUUCUGAAAUCACAGAAGAGAUUGGAUAUUUCUUCUUCUCUCUGCUGUAAUGUCACAGAUCAGUUUCCCUGGGAUGAGUCCAGAAGAGAAAUGUAUAGCAAGGGUGGUCCCACUCUAUUAUUCUAUGUGGUUUUUUUUUCUAAAACAGGAAGACAAACAUAUCCAGUCUUUCUAAUACUUGGGUUUGUUUGUUUUGCUAUAUUAAGAACUUGUAAAUUGAAUACCACGGGGGUUUCUUCUCCUUAUCUGAGACUUAACAAUAAUUUAAUAAUAAUUUCAGCAGAUUAUUUUGAAGAAAGCAACAAGAACUAAAAUAUAUAGAUCAGAACCACAUUCUGUUUGAUGGAGGAAUAGGGUGAUUACAGUUAAAUGAUGCAGUAUCACCCAUAACCAACAGAUCUGUGUUAAUCUGCCUUGCAUGCAGUGACCCAUCUCUAAAUCCUUAUUCAAAAAGAACAAAGAACACAGUUUGACUUUUGUAAUUUAAAGAGACAGAGAAUACAUUUGUUUGAAACUGGAACUAUAUUUUCAAAUAAAACAAAAAUCACUCACCCCAAUAGUUCAGAGCUUCGCCUGUCCUGCACAGAGUUGAGAUAAAACUGAUGAAUCUCAUCUGAGUGAUCUAAACCAGUGUUUCCCAAACUUGACAAUUUUAAGGCAUGUGGACUUCAACUCCCAGAAUUCCACAGCCAGCGUUGCUGGCUGUGGAAUUCUGGGAGUUGAAGUCCUCAUGCCUUAAAAUUGUCAAGUUUGGGAAACACUGAUCUAAACUAAGCUAAAUUUAACGGCUGUCAUCCUCAGACAAUGUUGCAUUACAAUUGCCAAAAGAACCAUACUUUGGGGAGAUGCUGUCCAAACGCUUGAGGGUACCAGAUGUGGACACAGCUAAUAUGGAAGAAAACAAUCCAACAGAUGACAUAAUUUAGUGAAAACUAGUUAAGAGCUAACAAUCAUAGUCAGUGAAGAAGGGUGCAAACAUGAGCAACAGGCUGGAUUUAUUAUUUAUAUAAACCUAGUGAAUCAUACAUGAUAUUUGAGAUCAGCCUAACAUUGAUUGCACACAUUUCCAGCAAAAGAUUCUGUCCACAUAAAGUAUUAAAGAGGAAAGAAAGUGCUUCAUCAAAAUUAGCUGAAGUGUAAAACAUGAAGUUAUUUUGAAAUAUCAAAUACAGACAAAUAUGUAGUAUUUAUAGUCCUAACUACCUUGUAAGUAUAGCUCAACAAAACUAAAAAUACAGUUUCUUUUCUGUAGUUCAAAUAUUUCUAUUUUGAAAGAAACUCCAUUUUAUACUAUAACAAGUUUUUUAAAAUGCAGUUAUGGUUUUUGUCUGAUCCAGGAUUUGGUUGGGGGGGGGGAGAGAUUUCCCAGCUACUUAGGAGAGAACCUGUAAAUUUAUUUCCAAGUGGUUAAGGUAAACUGUUGUUUUCAGUAUUGCAUAGUUAAGAUUUUUUUUUAUUUUGGCUACAGAAAUUGAAUUCAGAAUUAUAGGCCUUAGAAAUGUCAAAGCCAAUACAUUUAUAGAACAAGUUAUAUGUAUGUGAUUUAAAUUAAAAAAUCAGCUGUUUGAUGAGAUUGUGUCAGUGAAAUAAAAUGAGUUUUGCAAACAGGUUAA